UGCCGCUUUGUAUUUUAUAAUUAUUUUUUAAAAAUCUUAAUAUUCUCCAUUUGAUUGUCAAAGAAAGCCAACGAAGGCGAUCGACGGCAUCAAUCAAUGGCUUCUCAGAUGUUGAAACGGGUUCUUGGAAGCCGAUCGAGACAGAUUCUCUCCGGAAACCCUAGCCCUACCUUUCGAUCUGAAUCGUCUACACUAGUGAGGGCUUUCUCUUCUCCUUCCACUCCGAUCCGUGCCACUCUCUUCCCCGGUGAUGGAAUCGGGCCGGAGAUUGCCGAGUCCGUCAAGCAGGUUUUUCGAUCAGCUGAAGUGCCUAUUGAAUGGGAAGAGCACUUUGUCGGGGACCAAAUAGAUCCUAGAACCCAGAGUUUCCUGACUUGGGAAAGUUUAGAAUCAGUAAGGCGAAAUGGUGUAGGCUUGAAAGGGCCUAUGGCCACACCUAUUGGAAAAGGUCAUCGUUCUUUGAACCUUACCCUUAGGAAAGAACUGAAUUUGUUUGCCAAUGUCAGGCCUUGCAACAGUCUACCUGGCUAUAAAACUCGGUAUGACGAUGUAAACCUUAUAACCAUCCGUGAAAACACAGAAGGAGAGUAUAGUGGACUUGAACAUCAAGUAGUACGAGGUGUGGUUGAAAGUCUCAAAAUUAUCACUCGUCAAGCAAGUUUGAGGGUGGCAGAAUAUGCCUUUCACUAUGCCAAGGCCCAUGGAAGAGAAAGAGUGUCUGCAAUUCACAAAGCCAAUAUUAUGCAGAAAACAGAUGGUUUGUUUCUUAAGUGUUGUCGUGAGGUAGCAGAGAAGUAUCCUGAUAUCACAUACGAGGAAGUGGUUAUUGACAAUUGUUGUAUGAUGCUUGUGAAGAAUCCUGUUCUUUUUGAUGUGUUAGUGAUGCCUAACCUUUAUGGAGAUAUUAUCAGUGACCUUUGUGCUGGUUUGAUUGGUGGAUUGGGCUUAACACCCAGCUGCAAUAUUGGUGAGGGAGGCAUUGCCCUUGCUGAAGCUGUACAUGGUUCAGCACCUGACAUUGCUGGAAAGAACAUGGCGAAUCCAACGGCCUUGCUGCUGAGCUCUGUUGCAAUGUUACGGCACUUAGAGCUCCAUGACAAGGCAGAUCAGAUUCAGGAUGCCAUCCUGAAAACUAUUGCAGAGGGGAAGUACCGAACUGCUGAUCUUGGUGGCUCUGCAUCGACCACUGAUUUUACAAAAGCAAUUUGUGAGAAUCUGUAAGACUCUUGGGAGAUUUAACUUUCGAAUUUUGAGUACAUAACUUGGUCAUUGACAUGUUGUUGGUUCUAUGAGUAAAACCUUGUUUUAGAUGGUGGUGGUGAAUAAGACUGCUUCCUUUUUGAAGGAUACGAAGAACCACUUCAAGUCGUGUACGGAGAUUUCUUAGGAUGUUCAUGAAGUAACGACAUGCUGCAUUUUUUGUCCUCUGUUUAUGCGGCGUCCUCAAAUUAACUAUAUCAUUUGAUUUGUUCUGUAAAGUUUACUAAGAAUUGCUUUCCUGAAUGCCCUUAGGUAAGGAAAUUGCCCUGAGGUAGGGAAAUCCUCGAUGUUCAAUUUUAUUUACAUUUCAGAUUACAUCUUUUGACGCUACUUUUAUAAAUAGCUAGAAAUAACGAACUUCAUGA